AUGUCUCCCGACAUGGACGAUAUUGGACCGUUUCGUGUGAGCCAGUGGCUCCAGUCCAUGGGAGUGGGCAUAGGUUACCACAAAGAGACAUUCGAAGAAGUCUUUAUCAAGACCGAAAGGAUAGCUUCAACCCUGGAUCACGAGGCCACAAUCUUGCAAACCCUGUCUGGGGGCAUUGGAAUUCCAACACUCUAUUGGUUUGGAAAAGCUUAUAACCAAAAGACGAUGAUUACCGAUGCGCUCGGACCUUCCUUGGAAGAAAUAUUCGACCGAUCCAAUCGAUACUUUGACAUGCCGUUGGUGCUAGAAGUUGCAAGUCAACUUAUAUUUCGACUUGAAUGGAUGCAUUCACAUCACAUUGCACAUGGUCAGCUUAGUCCAUUUUCAUUUGCUAUGGGAGCCUCCACAUGGCAGACACCACAAGUGAUUCUUGCGGACUUUACAAAUGUCAAUAGUUCUCAAUUUUCAACAAAGAAGGACCUCCAAGCAGUGGCGGACAUACUGGUCUAUCUCGCCAUAGGGCCUCCGUCAUGGGAUCUGUUCCAGGCGCGAAAGCCGAGUUUGGCAGAAAUUCCGUCGCCUUUGAAGGGAUUUGUAUCAAUAAUCUCCGAUAGGGAGAUGAAUCCAGCCGACUAUAUUAUACUUCGGAGGUACUUCCAUACAGCACGUCAGAGUUUACCAGGGCGAACUAUUCUUGGUGGGCUGGGCUCCCCACAGGGAGAAAAAUUAUCCUUGAAGUCUCUUGCAAGCAAGAGUACUGGGGACCUGUUCGAGAAUCUUGGUUCCAGAAUAUCUACAGUUGGGGAUAGCGCUGGUGAUCCAAAAGCACCAUGGGGCCGAGAGCAGGCGAAGUUCCUUCUGGGAUCUCUGAAUGAGAUAAUGACGAUUUAUUUCGUUCUUUUGAUGCGGGAAAAGCCGUCUCAGAAACGCAGACACUAUCAUAUGGGCGUAUAUCAUCUUCCUAACAGGCUGUGGAGAGACCUUCGUUGGUAUCUAUGCAUGGCAAAAUGUGGCUCCCUCCCUUUGCAAAGGCUUAUCGUCCUCACAAUCUACAAAUAUGUGGGAGUCUUACUAGAGGUGAUCCCAGUAUAUAACAGGUACUGGACCAAAAUUUUAUCGGAUGCCGCCUACGAGCAAAUGAAACUUGAUGAGGACUGUUGGCGGAUGUGGAGAGACGCUUGGAUGUACUGGAAAAAUUGUGCCAACCUGCUGACGAAGAAAGAUAUGUAA